GCUAUGGGUUGAUAGCACAUUCUUUCUACGCCUGUCCAAAAAUCGUUUGUCUUCAUCCAAUGUGCGAAGGACGUUCAUUUUGUUUUAAAUGUCGAAGACCUUGGUCCACUGAUACAACAAAUGAAAGUUCUUCAGAUCAAAAUAAUGUUAUACAUAUUUGUCCGGCUGAACAAGAUAUGCGCAGUAAUGCAUUAGAUGGACUGCGCUCUUUCUUUGGUAUUCGGCGUUUUAGCAGACAAAUAUCUGGUCAAAAUACCAUAACAAAUGGACCUCAACAAAAAGUUUCUGAUAAUAUUUUACCAAUACACUCACACACUUCAACUUCUACAAAAGAAAAACGUUCCCGUACUCCCAAAUCUUAUCCUACUUCUACUGACCACUCCAAUGAUAUUCGGUUGUCUCUGGAAGAACUAUUUACAAACGUAGAUCUUGAAGGUGCUAAUACUACUACUCCUGUUUCGAAGAAAAAAUAUCCAAUCUCUAACUCCGAUGCGGCUAACUCUUCUGAAUCCACUCCCAAGAUGAAUAGACGCCCUUCAGUAGAUUCUAAUGGUCAAAGCUCUUUAGUGAAACCAUGUCCUAACUGUAAAACUCUCAUACAAAAACUCAAUGAUGGAAGCUGUAAUUCUAUGGUCUGCUCAAUUUGUAAUUAUGAAUUUUGUUGGUUAUGCUUACGGGAAACUACCGCAACACAUUAUUUGAAUUUUUCCGGUUGUACUGUAUUGGGUCGCAGCCGAUGGUCGAAAAUUCGUCGUGUUGUUGCUGUUUCUAGUAUAAUGUUAGGCACACCAAUCCUUCUUCCACUUACAAUUGUGAUAGCGCUUCCUGCCUUAUCAAUUGGCUUUACUGUUUCCAUCACGAGACCCAUUAAUCGGAUGCUUCUUUCGAAAUCAAAACAUUUGAGACGGUUUAUUUUAUUCUGGAUUGUAAUCGCUGGUCUCAUUGUGUUUCCAGUAUUAACCGCCCUAACGUUUGGUCUUUUGAUUCCCAUUGUUUUGGGUUAUGUGUAUUUAUACCUUCCAAUCAGUUUGUUUCGAUCCCUGAUAAGAGAUGAAAGUGAAUUUUUUUCAAAACCGACAGAGUUAGAGAAAUUACAAUCACUGAGUUCUUCUUCUGAAAACGAAUUUGAAUCGAAGGAUACGAAUGUUAGACCAAACGAUAGAAGUCUUAGUGAAUCUAAAAUUAUUGUGAUAAAUGAGACAGCAUCGACGGAUUUUGAUCAAACAUCAUGA